CUUUCGCCUCCUCCGCCUUCUCCUCAGCGACCUCGUCUGCUUUGCCCCCUGCCCCACCCCCAGCCCCCCCAGCCUGAGUCCUAGGGUCUCGCUCUGCAGAGAUGAGGGUCCUGGCCUGCCUCCUUGCUGUUCUGAUGGGCAUUCAGGCUGUGGAGCGGCUGCGCCUGGCGGGGGGCCCCCAUGGCUGUGCCGGGCGGCUGGAGGUGCGGCACGGGGGGCGUUGGGGAACGGUGUGUGAUGACGGCUGGGACCUUCGGGAUGCUGCCGUGGCCUGCAGGGAGCUGGGCUGUGGGGGAGCCCUGGCAGCCCCCGCAGGGGCUUUCUUUGGAGAGGGGAUCGGCCCGGUCUGGCUGAGCGAACUGGCUUGCCGGGGAUCCGAGAGCCGGCUGGGUCUCUGUCCCCACCGGGGCUGGAAGGCCCACAUCUGCUCCCACGAGGAGGACGCUGGCCUCGUCUGUGUAGGUCAGCGGGCAACCAACUCAAGGCCAGAUUCAACAGAAUCCCUAUGGUCUGAGGCCUCCCCAACAUCCCCAGGUGAGACCCCAAGAUCACCCCCUCCAGAACAUGCAGAGCCGAACACUUACAUCUCCCCUCCCCUCCCCUCGGUAGCCCCUCCCCUAGCUGAGAACCCGACAAGCAGCCCCCAGAAGGCCCUUCGACCCCCCAAGCUGCCAAAGUCUACCCGGGCCCCUCUGCUGACUUCCAGUGACUCCCGCCAGGAGCGGCUGCGCCUGGCAGGGGGACCCCACGGCUGUGCCGGGCGGCUGGAAGUGUGGCAUGGGGGCCGCUGGGGGACAGUGUGUGACGACGGCUGGGACCUGCGGGACGCUGCCGUGGCCUGCAGGGAGUUGGGCUGUGGGGGAGCCCUGGCUGCCCCUGGAGGGGCCCGCUUUGGGGAAGGGUCAGGCCCAGUUUGGAUGGAUGAUGUGGGCUGCGGGGGUGGGGAGCAGGCCCUCCAGGACUGUCCCCGGAGCCCCUGGGGACGAAGUAACUGUGAUCACACAGAGGAUGCCGGAUUGGUCUGUGAAGGCCCAGCCCCCCACUUGCGCCUGGCUGGGGGUCCCAAUGGCUGUGCUGGACGGUUGGAGGUGUGGCACAGGGGCCGCUGGGGGACAGUGUGUGACGACGGCUGGGACCUGCGGGACGCUGCCGUGGCCUGCAGGGAGCUGGGCUGUGGGGGAGCCCUGGCUGCCCCUGGAGGGGCCUUCUUUGGGGAGGGGGCUGGGCCCAUCCUGCUGGAUGACCUUCGAUGCAAGGGGAAUGAGACAUCACUGGCGCUCUGCCCAGCCCGUCCCUGGGGCCAACACGACUGUCACCACAGAGAGGAUGCAGGGGCUGUGUGUGAUGGUCUGCCUCUGGGCUUGCCUACCCCAGGCAGCAGUGAUGGGGCCCCAGAGACUCAGGCCCCCACUAACGGACUGUCUCCUGCCUCUCCCACGACUGUGCGGGAACCAGGCCCUGAGGAGGGGGCACCCCGCCUUCGCCUGGUAUCUGGGCCAGGCCGGUGUGCUGGGCGGCUGGAGGUGUGGUACGGUGGUCGCUGGGGGACGGUGUGUGAUGACGGCUGGGAUGUGCGAGAUGCCUUGGUGGCCUGCCGGGAGCUGGGCUGUGGCAUCCCCCGGGAGCCAGGCCCCGCUGCUGGCCGCUUUGGCUGGGGGGAAGGCCCCAUCUGGCUGGAUGAUGUGGCUUGCACUGGCACAGAGGCCCAGCUGGCCAACUGCCCUGCAGCCCCCUGGGGAAAACAUAACUGUGCCCAUAAUGAGGAUGUGGGGGUCACUUGCACAGGGAGUCUUGGGCCUGACUCAGCCCCAGGCCCCUUCAGCUGGAGCUGGGCCCCAGAGCCCCAUGGGGAUGGACAGGGCUGGCCUGUCAGGAAGUGGACUACUGAGAAUCCUGGGGACAAAGCCACCCCACUGACCACUAGCAGCCCUAGAACAACGGUGGCCAAGCCACCAGGGAGAACGUCACAGAGCACCAAAAAGUGGGUUACAAAGAAACCACGUAAACCAACCACGCGACCCCCUGGACAAUCAGCCACUAAAGUCCCCAGGAGGCAGGCAACCCGAGUUCCACAAGGCCAGGGCACUCCUCAAGUGACCACUCGGGCUCCCAGAGGCCAGACCUCCCAGGCCUUCCCCAAACUGACCACACAGGCUCCCCAAAGCCAGACCUCCCAGGCCUCCCCCAAACUGACCACUCAGGCUCCCCAAAGCCAGACCUCCCAGGCCUCCCCCAAACUGACCACACAGGCUCCCCAAAGCCAGACCUCCCAGGCCUCCCCCAAACUGACCACUCAGGCUCCCCAAAGCCAGACCUCCCAGGCCUCCCCCAAGCUGACCACUCGGGCUCCCAGAGGCCAGACCUCCCAGGCCUCUCCUAAACUGACCACACAAAGUCCCCAAGGUUAUACCUCCCAGGUCUCCCCUAAACUGACGACACAAGCUCCCAAAAGCCAGACCUCCUGGGACUCACCACAGCUAACCACUCAGACCUCAGCGCCCAACAAGCCACUGACAUCAUCAGCUAGCCCCACACUGGCCACUCAGUCCUCACAGAGACAACCUUCCCAGGUCACCCCACAGCUCAGCACUCAGGUCCCUGGAGACAGGAGUCCCCCUGAAACCUCCCUAGAAGCAGACUCUUCCACACCAGGGGCUGAGAGCAGCUCAGGGGUCUUCAAGACCUUACCCACAAGCACGGCCAAAGACUGGUCCUCUGGCCAGACCUGGCCUGGCUCAGGAGAGUCAGGUCUCUUUCGGCUGCGUCUCUCGGAUGGGCCCGAUCGGUGUGCCGGGCGGCUGGAGGUGUGGCGUGGCGAUGUCUGGGGAACAGUGUGUGAUGAUGGCUGGGACCCCCGAGAUGCUGCUGUGGUGUGCCGGGAGCUGGGCUGUGGCGGGAUCCGGCCCCGGGUGGGCAAAACCUACUACGGCUCUGGGACGGGUCCGAUCUGGUUAGAUGACGUGCGCUGUGUGGGCAUUGAGGCCUCGCUAGGGGACUGUCCGGCCUCAGCCUGGGGGAUCCACAACUGUGACCACCAGGAAGAUGUGGGGCUCACCUGCACAGGAGACAUGGAGGACAACAGUGAUCUCCCCUGGGCCUGGGACACUAGUUCUCGAGGGGACGUGGCUCAGGGAGGCCCCACAGCAGGCACGCUGGGACCGACAGCUGCCCCUGGCCAUGACCAUGCCUCUCAAACCCCCGGGGACCACGGGGAUCCAGAUUUCCACCAUCCGUCUUCACCCAUGCAGCCUACAGUGGCCCCCAAGGAGACUCCCAACCCAGAUCUCCAGCUGACCACUGAAUCUAGCGCACAGUUGACCUCUGAUCUCAGACUGUCUCUGACCACUGACCCCAGCCCACAGUUGACCCCUGACUCAGAUAAACAACUCACUCCUGACCCCAGUCCACAGCUAACCACUGACCCUGGCCAACUACUGACCCUUGACCCCAACCUACAGCUGGUCUCUGAUAUCAGCCAAAAACUGACUUCCGAUAUUGUCCUAGAGCUGACCUCUGACCCCAGCCCACAGAUGACCCCAGAUUCUACACCUCAGCCGACCUCUGACUCCUCUCCAAUGUCAAUGGUAACCUUCAACCCUGACAUACAAUUCAUUGCUGAUCCUAGUUCACAGCUGAACCCUAACUUUACCCCAGGGCUUACAUCUGACCUUACCCCUAAAGGGGAGCUGACCCCUUCCUCCACCCCACAGCCAACACCUGAUGUUGCCCCACGGUUGACCUCUGAUACCAACCCACAACUGACCAUCCAGUCCCUCUCACAGCUGACCUCUGACCCUAGCUCACCAUUAACUCUUUCCUCCACUGAACCACAAUUCACUCCUGAUUCUAUCUUACACCUGACCUCUGACCUGUCCCUGAAGAUGACUUCUGACCCCACCUCCACACCAGUGCUGACCACCCAGUCCUCUAUAAAUUCACAGCUGACCCCAACCUCUAGUCCUGCCCAAACUAACCCCCCGAUGCCUGCCCCUUCUGCAAGCCCAGAGGCGAUCACUACCUCCCAGCAAGCCAGAGUGUCCUCUGCCAGCCCAGGCACGGCCUCAGAGCACCCUGCAUCCCCACAGCCCACCUCAGGGCCCCAAACUGAGGCUCCUGGCAGCUCAGGGUCCCCCUCGGACCUUGGGAUGAGACCAGCUGGUCCCUCCCAUGCUUCCCCAGCCCCCUCAGGGCCCACCAGAGGUCCUGGCCCUGCCCCCAUCCCCAAGCCUUCUGAGGGCCCAUCUGUGAGUCCUGGACCUCCCAGGACCCCAGAGUCUAUCUCUAGGCAAAGGUUUAUUCAAGACUCAAGCAUCCCUGGAGCCCCAGAGCCCACCGUUAAUCCCAAUCUUGUCCCUGACCUUGGCCUAACUCCAGAGCAAGGUCCGAGCCAGCCCAUCCCCAAGCAUCCUCCAACAGCGGGCUCUGGGGGGGUCUGGGAUGGCCCUUCGGCUCCCCUCCCAUCCCCUGGUCCCGGUGACACAGAGACCGGCCAGUGUGUGGUGGCCUCUCCAGCCACCCCGGCCGUCCUUCGAGUGAUGGCCUGUGAGCCUCCGGCCCUUCAGGAGCUGGUCAAAGCAUUGAGGGAUGUGGGCACACAGCUGCACAGCCUGACCCAGGCGGUCCAGCGGAACGGGGAUGAGAGAAGGGCAGCGGACCUGGAGCUGGGGCAGCUGGCGGAGGCCAUCAGGGGCCUGGGUGACCUAGGCCAGGCCCUGCGUGGGCUGGUGGGGGCCUCGAGGAGCCCCCCGGGCCCCGGGCUCCCAGAGGUGGAAGAAGAGGAGGAGGAGAGACCCAAGAGAGGUGACGUGUGAGCUCUCCUGACCCACCAAGGACAGAAGGGCCUCCUAGCCAAUGAACAAGACCACCU